AUGGAAUGUCUUUUACCUAGUACUGCUUUUGACAAAGAUAAAUCAGAAGCUGUUGAUGAGUCUGGUGAUUCUACCAAAUGUGUAGAGUCAAAUCAGCUUAACUCGAGUUGUGGUAGCAUUUGUGAUAUUUCGACUCCGAUUUGUAACAACGAUGAUGAUAAGCCAGCUAGUUUUGGGAAUAAGAUAUCUUCAGUUACUACUGACUGCACUAGUUUGAAGAAGGCUGAGAAUGAUUCUGGUUCAUCGGAGGUGAAGAAUGAUGUUGUUGAUAUUGGUUCUAAAUCGCCUGGUUUGAAUGAGAGUUUGAAAAAGUUGAAGAAGCAGGGUGGUAGUUUCGCUUUGGAUGAUUCUUUGUCUAGUGUUUCGUUCAUGGAUAGUGACUUUGCUGCUUGUGUGGAUCCCCUUGAAUCUAUGGACUACGUGGAAAGUGAGGCUAAAGCUAAUGAGACCCGUACUCCCAUUAAGUCUCUUACGUCACCAGGUAGAGAGUUAGAGCUGUUCCGUGAAGACUACACUCAUUUUGAGCGUCCUCAUGUAAAAAUUAGUGACAUUGAGUUUAAGAAGCCGGUUGUUGACAACUCAGUUGCUAGUUUUGCAGAAAGUGAUUUGGAUGUCCCACCUGAAAUUUUGAGUGUUCCUCGUUGCUGGACUGACCGCUUUGAGAACGAAGUAUUUGAGGAUUCAAUUUCGGCCUCUCAGAGUCCCGUUAGAAGUUUGGCUAGUUUAAUAAACUCAUCUCAAAACGACAUUUCUGGUUCAUCAGUGAGACGUUUUAACUACGGUGUGGACGUCACUCCGAUUAGAUCUUAUAGCAGGAGCAUCAGUCGUGUUGGUAAAAAUUUGCACAACUUUGAGAGUUUCGACAACUUUGCCUCGGACAACAUAGAAGACAUGUGCAAGAUGGCAUCGAAUCCCAUGUAUAAUGUCAGCUUGUCUUAUGAAGAGAUUGGUCGAAUAAAAUUGCCUGAUGUGUUUAACAUUAUGUACAAACAAUUCAAGAACAUGUGCACUAUUGUUCAAAGAUCAACCAUCCGGAACGAGAAGUCUUACUUUCGUGUAGUAAAGAUGUAUCUUCAACGCAUUACCCGGAGGACUUUCAAAAUGGACAAUUUACUUCAAAUGGUCUGGUUGGCUCCCAACUUGGUGAACAUCAAAUGGGUUACCAUAACUGGCGAGACUUUAAAGAAAUACUCUUUUGAGUAUAAGGAUUCUACCACCAAGGCCUAUGACCUAAGCAUAAAGAUUCUCAGACCUGAUCUCGUAAGUUGUUCCACCACUGCUGAUUAUGAAGUAGCAUGCUUCAUGUUCAAAAAUAUUCUUUGCACCUGGACACUAAAGUGUGAGUGUGAUAGGAUGGAUAAGAUCCCAGUACCCAUUGCCAAGCUUCCACCCAGGAACACUCGAUCAAACUCAUCGACACCCCUAAGACUUGGCAGUUCAUUUUCAACACCAAGAAAAUUUAUUGACUCUUUGGGCACUCCACACAGACUUAGUAACUCACAGUUAUCAUCUAUGCUACUGGAUGAUUCACAGAUUACUCCUAUAAGGCCACUGUUACAACGUACUCCUACGAGGUCACUGUUGUCUCAACGUUAUUCUAGUAGACCACUAGUUUCAGAACGUUAUUCGAGUAGGUCAUUAUCACAACUCACUCCCAUGAAGCUCGAUGGUACAACACCAGUGAGACCUAAUGAUAAGACUGAAGAAGAGAUGAACAAGACACCUGUUCGCAGUUUGCUGAGAAGUGUUAUGUACGACUUUUUGGAUGAUACUCCUAACAAGUCAUACAAGAUUACAGGUGCCAACUCAGUGACCCGUUCAUCUAAACGAGCCAAGACUAUGGACAUGGUGUCACCUAUGUGUCCUGACUUGUUGGAAACUCCUGGUAUGCGACGCAUUCGUGAGAACGCAAAGCAACGCGAGAUUCAAAAGAAGACUAACAUGGAACGUGAUAAAGAUUUAGCUUUCUGGAAUGAUAUGAAAUGGUUCAUUAAGGUUUUACUCGAAAUAAUCGUUGGUGACAUGUCACCUGAUAUUAAAAUCGAGUUUUUUGUAGACUUCAUGAAAAAGUAUGGAACUCGCAAGCCAACACAAGACCAAGUAUCAAAGUGGAUAGACGCACUAAUCGAAAUCGACCCCGUUAUCAUAUCUAAGUCAGUUUCUAAACUGGACAAUAAUACUACAAUUGUUACCAUCAAUAAAUCAGCAUCGCUCGAUAAAGCCAUAGACUACGUUGAUCAAAAAAUUAACACAUUCAAAACAGCUUGA